AUGGUUUGCCACGCAGACUCUUUCUUCAUCGGCCGCCCGGUUCCUGCCUUAGCCAUCAACGACGAGCUCAUGCUUGGCCAGACCUAUUUCGUUCUUCCGAUUGAUCGUUUCGCAUGCAGCGUCCUCUCAGCCUCGACCCUCGCCGCCCUAGGCUCAUCGUCGAGGCCCAACAAGAAGGCAGCUCCUAUCAAUUUCGGGGAGUGCCCGUUUGAGUAUAUAAAGGGUUCAAACGGAAAGGUCUUGAUCAAGGUGGUGCCAGAGUUCAUAGCAAGGCUAAUUGCAAGAAGUCACAAGGAAAUUGAUGGGUCGUCUGAGGCUAUAAGUUCUGUAAAUACUACUUUUCUUUGUAGCACACCUGAGCUGCAAAAGCACUAUGAACAACUCGUUGUGUCUAAAGAGCAAUUAUGGUCGCCUAAGCUUGAAACCAUUUCUGAGUAUAAGGUUAGGUUUUCACCAUGCAAAUAUAUAGGGCUGGAGUGGAAAGAAAAAGAGCAGGAAGUCAUCUAG